UUUCUUCCUUUGCUGUACCCAACUCAACCCCGCGAAAAAAUUUUAUUUUUUUUCCAAAGGUCUUAUAAAAAAACCAAAAGAAAAUUAAUUUAUAUUUUAAAAGAAAAAAAAAAAAAAGAGGAAGAGGAAGAGAAAAACCCACCCAAACAAUUCCAAAAAAUAGAGUCUUUUCAUGAACCAUGAUUUGGUUUUGUUUCGAUCCAUAGAAAAUUCGAAAUGCGAAAGAAGCGAGCGUUUCAUUUUCUGAAUCGAGUGAUCGAAGGUUAAAGACAAAGAAGCUGAAGGAGAGAUUUUUAUUCAACUGAGAGAAACAGAGAAAACGGUAAAAAAAGGAGCAAUGGCGGGAGAAGGGAGAAGAUUCGAGAUUGGUUACGCGUUGUUGCCGAAGAAAGAGAACAGUUUCAUUCGAGAAUCGUUGGUGAAGCAAGCGAGGUCACGUGGAAUCGAUCUGGUUAAGAUCGAUAUGGGACGUCCUUUGGCUGAUCAAGGACCGUUUGAUUGCGUGCUUCACAAGUUGUACGGUGAGGAUUGGAGGAGUCAGCUUGAGGAUUUCCGUUCUCAAAACCCUAAUGCUGUAAUCAUUGAUUCUCCUGCUGCAAUCGAACGGCUCCACAAUAGGAUUUCGAUGCUCCAGGUGGUGUCCGAACUCAAGAUCGAAAAUCAAAGCGAAACCUUUGGGAUCCCUAAACAGAUCGUGAUUUACGAUCGGGAAACCUUGUUUGAUAACCAAGCUUGGGAAUUGCUCAAGUUUCCUGUUAUUGCGAAGCCCUUGGUAGCUGAUGGGAGUGCCAAAUCGCACAAAAUGGCUCUCGUUUUUAACCAUGAAGGGUUAAACAAGCUUAAACCCCCGAUUGUUUUGCAGGAGUUUAUUAACCAUGGAGGGGUUAUUUUCAAGGUUUAUGUGGUUGGGGAAUAUGUGAAAUGUGUUAAAAGGAAGUCAUUACCAGACGUUUCGCAGGAGAAAUUGAAUAGUUUACAAGGCUCUCUGUCGUUCUCUCAAGUAUCCAAUUUGGCUACUCAUCAGAAAAGUGAUGAUAAGUACUAUAAGAUGAUGCAUUUGGAGGACACUGAAUUGCCACCACAGAGUUUCAUGACGGAUAUUGCUAAGGGUUUGAGAAGGGCAAUGAACUUGAACUUGUUUAAUUUUGACGUGAUAAGAGAUACCCGAUUCGGAAAUCGUUAUCUCAUUAUCGACAUCAACUAUUUUCCGGGUUAUGCAAAAAUGCCAGGAUAUGAAACAGUUUUGACUGAUUUCUUUUGUGAUAUGGUCUAUAGUAAGGAAAGACAAGUGGUAGUGGAGAAGGAUUCAGUUGAGGAGUAUCUCCAGGAGGCGGUGGUAGGGAAUGAUGGAAGGCUGGUUCUUAGUUGUGAGAAAGAAAUAAGGAAAAUUGUGCCCAAUUCUUGCUGUAGCGAUGGGGAAGAAAUGGAGAACUCUAUCCAAGUUUGACACAGCUUUUAGGCUACUUGACUAUGAUAAAGGCAUAGCUCAGUCCGUUUUCAGAGGGUUGCUGCAAUUGUACAAGAAAUGGGAUCCUAGUGGUUCGUGGAGGCAAAGCCAAUUUCACAUCUUCCAUUUUUUAGACAUCAGUUUGAUACAAUGUUGAAAAAGCUAGGUUGGGAACUUUUGAGUUUAGUUGUAGCUUCUUGACAACAGUUACAUGGUAUGAAGUGUUAAUCAUGUAUAUUCUGUCCACCAACUUCUGGAGAUAGGUUUAUUGUCUUUCCGGAUUUGUCGCCACUGCCGAGUCUUACAAUCAAAGGGAACUUUUUAAAUGGUUUUGCUUUGAUGAAUCCACAAUAUUUGCUUCUUGGACAUUGAAAUAGAGCAUUGUUCCAAUGAAGUUGUGUUUUAGCUGAUGUGUAAUUUUUUUUCUUUUCUGCUGUAAUUGAUGUGAAUUUGGAUUGUUUGUGUUCUGUUGAGGCCUUUACAGGAAAAAGAACAUAUAUUUUUAGCUGUUAAAAUCAAGUCUUUGCCUACUAGGGUUAAUUUCUUUAAAAAAAUUAUAUUCUAAAAAUAAUGCCAUUAUCAGAACAGGCAAAAAAAUACCUGAAAAAAAUUAUAUUAAUAAACUAGCAGAAAGCAGGGUAACCGAGAACAAAGGAGAUGGAAAAGAGAGAAAACAUAAGGGAUAAAUUUGUAAACUCACAAUAGAAGCUACAACAAGCACGAUCUAAAAGGCAUCUUUGACAAAAUUAUCUCCAUUUAUUCGACAUUACAUAUAAGAAACGACCAGAAAUUCAAUCUUUUCAUGCUCUUUGUUUUUGUUUUUGUUUUUUUUUUUACUAAAAAACUCUACCAUUUGAUAACUGCAAUGUACAGUUUGAUAUGAAAACCAUGUAGGAUGAUCGAAAGACCGGAGCUGGUCACUCUCUGUUGAUAAUUAGUCCACCGCAAGAAGCUGGGGUGGGAGCGGUCUUUGCAGCCUGUUCAGAAGCAUUGGCUAAAGCCUGCAACAUUCUCAAAAUCUCGCUUCGGUCUUCCACGUAGUAUUUGGCCUUGCUCGGUUUCUGGCCGACAGUGCAAGCAAACACCUCGGCAACUGGGGAGAGACGGGGACUGGUCUUUGCAUGCAUGAUCACCUCGAACAUGUCCUCGUCUGACCGGUCGUCUCCGAUACAAAGAACGAAAUCCGGAAGCUUUCCUUUUUGUCUCAUUGUCGUGAGAAGAUGUUCAGCGACGAGACCCUUGUUCACACCCUGCGAAAUUAACAGCACGAAGCAAUUACAAGUUGAAUAAUACUGACCUGAUCAGUUACGUUGUAAGAAUAAUUGAGAUUGGUAUGCCUUUGUGUAUUUACUAACCUGAGGUUUAACUUCUACAACAUGCUGGCCACUCUUAACUGAAA